AUUAAGAGAUUUAAAGGUCUAAAUGUGAUCAAGUUUAUCUGUGUUAUCUCCAGAAUGAAAGUUUAGCUUGAGAGAAACAACCAGCUGUCUCACUUCAGUUUUGCAGCCUUCGUUUCCACACGGCGUUCUCUGUCUGGGGUGGAGAUGCAGGCCGCCUUGAAGAAGCUGAGCUCCUCAACUAAACCUGCAAUUCCAGCAGCAGAGCCUCCAGCAGAACCUCUGGACCAGCUCUCUCCUCAAAGACUCCCGUAGAACCCAGCGAUGAGGAGCAGGUCAGGGCAACUGCUGACACGGAGAAGACCUCAGGUGCACAGGCAUGUCCUGCCUCCGCCACCUCCUCCACCACCUCUCUGCCUCCGAGAGACGCUGGUGUCUCUGUCCAGCUGGGUGACCCCACCGAUGAGGAGCUGCUGGAGGCCACAGCUGGACAGGGAGACUCCACACGCCCUGUUCAGACAGGAUCCUCCGCCACCUGCCGACGGUGCUGAGAUGCUGCCCGAGUCCUGGCGGGCAGCUCUCAGCCCGGAUCAGCAGGAGUGGAUCGGCCAGACGCUGUUUGGCAGGGACCGCACGGGGAGGCCUCGUCUCAACGACGACCUCAACCUGUGGUGGUACCCCCCCCAGCCACGGCCGGUCUACAACCAGCCUCCCGCUUCCCCCGAUCCUUUCUUCGCUUGUCGGCUGUUCCUGUGGAUGCCUCACAGGAUCUGGCGUCUACAGCUGACUUGCCCCCAGCCUUCGUGCACCGGGUCCAUGACCAAGGCUGGGCUGUACAGGACCAUCCGGAGGGUCCUGGACAUCGACGGCUGGUACCUCAUGGCCACGGAGUACCUAGAAUGCUGUCGGUGCAAGAAGAAGGUCGGAGGGUGGUCACAGGGUAUCAUCGGGCAGCUGCCCCUCACCUAUAGCUGCCUGUUUCCUGCUGUACUCACGUACAAGCUGUCCAGUGACCAGAAAGUGGUUGCACAGCUGAGGUCAAGCACUCUGGGCAACAGAGCGACCCGGCUGUACAACACACUGCGGGAGCACCACACGGAGUCCUGGAUGAGGAGAUCCAUCCACUACCUCGACGUAUGCGAGCAGUUCCUGUCCUCGUGCUCUGUCUCCAAGCAGUCUGCGCCACCUCCGCCCAUGCCACCUGUACAGUCACCAGUAUUGUUGCUGACGGUGUACGGCUACGACGUGGUGACGCGGCUGGAGGAGUACAAGGCCAGGAUCACGUCCACCUUCGGAUCCAUUUUAAAGAUGGAUUCCACCACGAAGGUGACGAAGAAGCUCGCCGGUGCCGCCUCUGACACGGCCGCCCGGGUUACCAACGUGGGUAACGAGCACGGCCAGGUCCUCAUGAGCGUCCUCACCUGCUCGGAGGGCUCCGAGGGCCUGGACGCCAUGGCGGCCGGAUUGACGGGGCGGUAUCGAGUCGCCGAGGUUCCUCCCCCGGUCCUCGUGUAUGUGGACCGCGACUGCUGCAGCCGAGACGGCGUGUCGAAGACAGCUGCCCUGUUUCAUGAGUGGGGGAACCUCGUGGUUCGUCUUGACAUUUGGCACCUGAUGCGACGUUUCGCUUGCGGUGUCACAAGCGAAAGCCACGAGCUCUACCCCACUUUCAUGAAGCAGCUGUCUCGCUGCAUCUUCGAAGUGGACUCCGGAGAUACCCGGCAUCUCACCGAGGCCAAGCGGUCCGAUCUGGGGAGGAAGCACGGGAUGGUCGACCUGAGCGAUGCUGAGGUGGUCUGGAGGAUCUCCAAGGAGGAGUGGAGGCUCCACUGUCGGCGCAGGACACGUGGGGCGGAGAACACUGCGCUCCUCAUCCAGAACCUCCUGGACACCUUCAGAGGACCGGCAGGCCGGAAUACCCUGAACAUCCCGUUGCUGGAUGAUCUCCGCAUCCAGGAACAUCUGGGACACGCAGAGACGUCACCUCAGCUGCAUCCAGGACCCGCCAGGCGUGCAGCUGUUCACGCAGACUGGGACGCUGACGAAAGGCGGCAUCAGCCUCCCGGUCUAUCGCUGUGCGAGGGGAUCCACCUCUCUGGAGUCGUUCCACCUCCACCUGGACCGCUUCAUCCCAGUGCCAGAUACUUUCAGGCGUUCCUUGUGGACGGAGUGGUGAGGUGGAACGAGGAUCGUGCAGCGGCGCCUGCGGAUGCAGCUGAAACAAGGACGUCUCUGCAUUCCUACAGUGGCCACCUCAAACACGCCCUCAACCAGAAGAGCCAAAGGGUGCUUGGACAUCAGAUGGUUGAGGAUUUCACCAAGCCCGCUGCAUACACAGGUAACCGAUGUGGAAAACAUUAA